AUGAGAAUAUUUCACUUAAACGCGAAUCAUCUUAGAGGCCUAAUUCCAUCAGCAUUUCCCAAGGAUUGUAGGCUUAUUUCCAUCAAUUUGGGAACGAACAAACUGGAAGGACGGUUACCUAGAUCCUUAAUCAACUGCAAAUAUCUAGAGGGUCUUGACAUCGGAAAUAAUAGAAUACAAGAUGAAUUUCCAUUUUGGAUGGAAGGUCUUCCCGAGCUUCGAGUUCUAGCGUUGAGGUCUAACAAGUUUGGUGGUAACAUGUCACGUCCUUCAUCAACCAAGAUUCCAUUUCCUAUGUUGCAAGUUUUAGAUGUAUCCUAUAAUGAAUUUGUGGGCUCUCUACCUCAAACAUAUUUCAAGAAUUUCAAAGCAAUGACAGAGGCAAUAGAAUUAGAUUAUGACAGCUUUCUAGCAAAUCUGGAGAUGAGGCUUACAUUGAAAGGUCAGGAUCAGUUAUUGAAUAGACUAUUGGAAACCUUUACAACAAUAGAUUUAUCAUCCAAUAGAUUCUAUGGGAGUAUUCCACCUUCCAUAGGAAAACUCAAGAUUCUCAAAUACUUGAACAUGUCCCACAAUAGCCUCACAGGACAUAUACCUUCAUCCCUUGAAAACAUGAGUGAACUCGAGUCGUUAGACUUGUCAACAAACAAAUUGGAUGGAGAAAUUCCAAGUGAAUUGACAGGGUUGACAUUUCUUUCAAAAUUGAACAUUUCAAUGAACAAUCUUGUUGGGAAAAUACCACGAUCUAAUCAGUUCUCCACAUUUGAGAAUGAUUCAUACAUGGGAAACUUGGGAUUGUGUGGACUUCCGUUGACAAGAAAAUGCAAAGAGGAUGAUGGGAAAUUGAUGCAGCCUGCAGAGGAAGAAGAUGAUGAAUAUGAGUUCAUAGAUGGAUUUGGUUGGCGAAGUGUUGUAAUGGGAUAUGGAAGUGGAUUCAUAGUUGGGAUUGGAAUUGGUUACAUGAUUAUUAGAAGUGGAAGGCCAAGAUGGUUUGUGGAAUUUUUUUUGGCGUUGGAUAUAAAUAUAAGACGAAGAAGAGACACAACAGAGCUACACCAACAUGCAGGGGAACAUGCAGGGGAACUUGAUUGA